AUGACUCGCGAUGAGGACGAUGAGCGGUGUGGUGCCAUAUGCUAUCCGAUUGUGAAGCCGCUACUCCGGUACGCAGCCUUAUGCCAGGGGAAGGAUGCAACGAUUAACGACCUCAAGGACAAUAUUAGAGAGAAAGAUGUGUACAUCGCGCAAUUGAAAAGCAAAAUUGAGCUUACCAAUUCAAUGGAAAUUCAGCUGAAGGACAAGGAGACUAUAUUGCAUCUGAAGGCAAUCGAAAUUGUGAAAAUGGAGAAAGAUAUUGGAGAUCGGGAGGCAGAAAUCCAUGAAAAGAAAGACCAGAUCUCAAAAAUGGAAUUGCAGAUUCAAUCUAGAGAAACUCUAAUGCAAUCAAAGGAUAAAUUAAUCAGAGAACUGGAGAAUCAAGUGAAUUCCCUUAAAAGAACACAGGGAAAGCUGGUAGACAUCUCGGAGGCAAGCAGUUGUCUUCCAUUCACCGAUGCCACUGAUAUCCUUACCAUAGGGUUGCCCGGAAUAGGCCCAUUCCUUGUGCCCUGUAAUUCCAGUGUUUCCGGAUCUGGCUGGACUGUCAUCCAGAGACGAGUCAACGCCAAUGAGAACUUCAAUCGCACUUGGAUCGAUUACAAACUAGGGUUCGGAGACCUGCGCGAGAACUUCUUCCUGGGACUGGAAAAAAUCCAUCUAAUGACCCUGUCCCAACCUCACGAAUUAAAUCCCAGCAAAUCUGGAAGACGAGCCCAAGGUCGUUGA